UUGCAUGGUGGUGAUUGUCCCUUCAUGCAAAAUAUGGCUAUGAAACUUCUCAACUUGACAAGCAGCUCUUCUGGUUGUGAAAGGAAUUGGAGCACAUUUGAGGGGAUUCAUACGAAGAAGAGGAAUAGAUUGGAAUCGAAGAGGUUAGAGGAACUAGUCUAUGUGAAGUUUAACUCAAAGCUCAACCAGAAGAAGAGGAGAGGAGAAAACAAGAACCUGCUACUAUCUACUGAUCGUAGUAAGGCACGAGCAUGGAUCCUAGAAGGAGCAGGCUCCGAUGAUGAGGAAGAAGUUCAUCCUGGCUCAGGUCUUACUUGGAGGAUGGUAGAGGGUAUAUCGGGAGCGGCUGAGGCUGCGGAGAAUAGGAGGAGUUCUAGGCUAGCAGGACCUUCAAGUGCUUCUACUUCAGUGAUAGAUGAUGAAGAAGAGCCUCUUGUCUCGGAUGAUGAUGUUUCAGACGAAGAGGAGGAUUGUGUGGAGAUGGAUUCUGGAGAGGAUAGCGAUGAUGGAGUAGAGGAGGAACUUCAUGAUGAUGAUGAUGUUUGAUGAUGACAUUAGAUUAGAUGCAUAUUGCUAAUUCAUUAUAUUACAUCUA